GGGGCACAAGACGGGGUUGGCCCCAGGCUCAGACAGAACUGUAUUUCGGGCCCUGUCAGAAGUGGAGGUGGUUCCUGCGAGGCCUUAGUGCACUAGUUCUCCUGGUUCACAUAUGAGAAGAAAGAUUGGCAAAAAAACAUGGGGUCCGAAUUGGAGAACCUAAAUCCAAGUGCCAGAAUAAUGACAUUCCAUCCAACUGUGGAAGAAUUUAAAAAUUUCAGCCGUUAUAUUGCCUAUAUAGAGUCUCAAGGAGCCCAUAGAGCUGGAUUGGCAAAGAUUGUUCCUCCUAAGGAAUGGAAGCCACGCAAAUGGUAUGAUGAUAUUGAUGAUCUGGUCAUCCCUGCUCCCAUUAAGCAAGUGGUUACCGGCCAGUCAGGCCUCUUCACUCAGUAUAACAUCCAGAAGAAACCUAUGUCAGUCCGAGAAUUCAGGAGGAUAGCAAAUAGCGACAAGUACUAUACUCCUCGGUAUACAGAUUUUGAAGAUCUUGAACGCAAGUACUGGAAGAAUCUCACUUUCAACCCUCCCAUCUAUGGGGCAGAUGUUAAUGGCACACUCUAUGACAAGCAUGUAGAUGAGUGGAAUAUUGGUCAUCUGAAUACAAUUCUGGAUAUCGUAGAAAAUGAAAGUGGUAUUACCAUUGAGGGAGUGAAUACACCUUAUCUCUACUUUGGGAUGUGGAAAACUUCCUUCGCCUGGCACACGGAAGACAUGGACCUGUACAGUAUAAAUUAUCUGCAUUUUGGGGAACCCAAGUCCUGGUACUCCAUUCCUCCAGAGCAUGGGAAGCGAUUGGAACGUCUUGCUAAAGGGUUCUUUCCUGGAAGUGCUCAGAGUUGUGAAGCUUUUCUCCGUCACAAAAUGACCUUGAUCUCACCCUCAAUAUUGAAGAAAUAUGGCAUCCCAUUUGCCAAAGUGACUCAGGAAGCAGGUGAAUUCAUGAUAACUUUUCCUUAUGGAUAUCAUGCUGGUUUUAAUCAUGGCUUCAAUUGUGCUGAAUCUACUAAUUUUGCCACACUUCGUUGGAUUGAGUAUGGAAAGCAGUCUGUUUUAUGCUCCUGCCGAAAAGACAUGGUCAAAAUCUCCAUGGAAGUCUUUGUGAGGAAAUAUCAGCCUGAUCGUUACAAGCUCUGGAAAGCUGGGAAAGAUGUGACAGUCAUUGAUCAUACUCUUCCCACACCAGAAGCAUCUGAGUUCUUUAAGGAUGAACUCCUUCAAAAAGUUAAGAAUGAGAAGCGGUGCCCUGAAGAAACUGAAACAGAGGAAGAAUGCAAAGCAGAUGAAGAUAUGGAGAAAAAAAAUGUCCCAAAGCAUCGCAUUGGAAGCAAACGGCACCGAGUCUGCUUAGAAGUUCCUCAUGAGGUGAGCCAAAGCGAGUCCUUUCCCAAGGAGGAGGUGGUUCCAGUGCAGUUCGAGAUAGAGGAAGCAGCCCCUCCAGUUGGACUUGCUAGAGAGCCUGUACAGCAAGGAGAUGAAGGCCUUGCACCGCCAGAGUAUGCAGAUUCCUCUGAAGUAAAAUUUGAAGAACUGAAAAAUGUUAAACUAGAUGAGGAGGAAGAAGAGGAGGAGGAAGAGGAGCCAGAAGCAGCUGUUCUGGAUCUUUCCAUUUCGCAUUCUGUGUCUUCAGUUUUUACCCAAUCUAUCAUGAAACCAAGCCCAGUCUCUAGCCUUCAGUCUAGCUCAUCUUUUUGUUCUGGCUCUUCAGAUUCUGAUCUUUCCAGGCAGUUGGUUGAGCAAACCGAGGUGCUCACAGUUCAUAGUUAUGCUAAGGAAGAGGUGAAUGUCAUGGAGAUUGAACAGCCUUCACGGAAGAAAACCAGUUUCACAGCUCGUGGGGAUGAACAGGAGCUUGCAAAAAUGGAUUACAUCAGAUCUGUAAAGGAUCAUAAGCAGUCAAAGGGCCGUCGCCAGCCCUUGACCAAACUCCCACGUCAUCACCCACUCUUGGUUAAAGACGGCCUUAGUGAUGAUGAAAUGUCAGAACAGUUAACACCUGAAGAAGAAACUGAAGAGAUGGAAGCAUGGGCCAAGUCUCUCAGUCAACUGUGGCAGAAUCGUCCUCCAAACUUUGAAGCGGAAAAGGAGUAUAAUAUUGCCAUGGCUCAGCAGGCUCCCUAUUGUGCAGUGUGCAUGCUGUUCCAAACCUACCAGGCAGAUUGUGGAAGUCAGAGCUUACAAGCAGUUCCAAAUGCUACUAAUGGAAAAAUGAAAACUAAGCCCCUCAUCCCUGAAAUGUGUUUUACUACCACUGGUGGUAGCACAGAUGUCAACCUCUCUACCCCAUAUCUGGAAGAAGAUGGCACCAGUGUUCUGGUCACAUGCAAGCGCUGUCAGGUCCGGGUCCAUGCCAGUUGUUAUGGAGUAGCCCCUGAGAAAGCAGUUGAAGAAUGGAAAUGCUCUCGAUGUAAAGCCAAUGCUUUAGAAGAGGAUUGCUGCUUAUGCUCACUUCGUGGAGGUGCACUUCAAAAAGCCAAUGAUAACAAGUGGGUUCAUGUUAUGUGUGCUGUGGCAGUUCAAGAGGCCAAAUUUAUAAACAUUGCUCAGCGUAGUCCAGUUGAUGUCAGCAAAAUUCCACUGCAACGUUUCCGACUGAAAUGUGUCUUCUGCAAGAAGAGGCGGAAGAGAAUAGCUGGUUGUUGCGUGCAGUGCUCUCAUGGCCGCUGUCCUACAUCUUUCCACGUCAGCUGCGCUCAAGCAGCUGGAGUCAUGAUGCAGCCAGACGACUGGCCGUUUGUGGUCUUCAUUACCUGCUUUCGACAUAAAAGUCCAUCUCAAGCAGAACGAGCUAAGGCUGGUCUACAGGAUCUUGCUGUGGGACAGCAGGUGAUAAGCAAGCACAAGAAUGGACGUUUCUAUCAAUGUGAAGUGGUCAAUCUGACAAAAGAAACAUUUUAUGAGGUCAACUUUGAUGAUGGCUCCUUCAGUGAUAACCUAUAUCCAGAAGAUAUUGUGAGUCGAGAUUGCUCCCAGCUUGGUCCUCCACCUCCAGGAGAAGCUGUUGAAGUCAGAUGGACAGAUGGACAGGUCUAUGGAGCUACGUUUGUGGCUUCUCAUGUCAUCCAGAUGUACCAGGUGGAGUUUGAAGAUGGAUCCCAGCUAAUGGCAAAAAGGGAUGACGUAUAUACAGUUGAUGAAGAACUUCCUAAAAGAGUCAAGUCAAGGCUGUCUGUUGCGUCUGACAUGCGCUUCACAGAGAUCUUCACAGAGAAAGAAGUCAAACAAGAGAGAAAAAGACAGAGGGUGGUCAACUCACGCUAUCGUGAGGAUUACAUCGAGCCUGCACUGUACCGGGCCAUUAUGGAGUAAUAGCUUGCAGCAGGAUUGCAGUGACCACCCCAAAAUGGAUCCUAGUACUCCAGCACAGCAGAAGCCAAACAGUCUUCAUAUCCCACUUUUUAAAAAAACGAAAUGAGAUAAGCUUAUCUGACUCUAUAGCACCUUGAAGGUAUGGAUAUGGCUUUAAUGGCAAACUCCAAGGCUAUCAUUUGGGAGCACAUCUUUGAGUUUAUGAAGCAUUUGGUUCAUACCAGCUCGAUGUCUUUGCCGUUAGCUGUGAGUUUCUUCAUUCAAUACAAGCUGUUCUUUGCUUGAAGAAUAACUUUCCAUUACCAUCCAAGGAGUAGCCCAGACAGUCGCAGUGCUAAAAAUGACUUUCCCUCUUUUUCCUGGAUUAAAUGUCUAUUUCUGGGGAAAAUUCUGAGCUCAUCCUGCCUGCACAGAGCUGGUGAUGUUACUGGUGCUUGACAAUGAAUUCCUUUUUAUAUUUAUAACCCUGUUUUUUGUCAUGAGCACGCUUCUUUUUUUUUAAGCAUCACCUCUGAGAACAGAGCUAAGUGAGCUGAAGAAUAGAGAAUGAAAUUUUUGACUCUCUUUAUUCCCAACUUCUUGAACCUUUGAAGCUUUUGUCCCUAUUUUAUAUUCAGAGACUUAUUUACUCAUACGUUUAAUUGUUAUAGUUUGUGCCUAUGUAAUAGGAAAAGGUUUUGAGCCAUUCAAUGCUGUGCAUUCCUCAGGCAAGAGAAUCCUGGGAAAUAUCCUCAAUUAAGGCAAUAAGGACUAUAAGGAUUCCCGUUCCUGUUUGGCUUGGAAUGGCCACAAAUUGGCCUAGGUUUGCAACAAGAUUGCCUGGGAAAAUUAACGUUCUUUCAUCUCACUGGCAGUGACUCCGAAUUGUGGGCUAUUUGAAUCCAGUUUGAAUAUUCAUUAAAUCAUGUCAGCGGUCAGCAUUAUUGGUAUUUCCGUUUGGAAACUUUGCACUGUUUUUGCCCAAACCUAUACAGGUAAAACUAAUAGAAGGGCUCAUGUAUAUUUAGAUUUAUCUUUUGUGGGACAGAGAAAAGGAAGCUGAAGGUACGUUUUCAAGAGGUGUCUCAUUUCUUUGCUGUGCAGUCAUUGGGGGCAAUUUUCAUCCAGAUAUAUUUCAAGAAUAAGUGCAAAGCUACUUGUCCAAUUAUAAACAUGUCCUUGUAGUCUGUGUCUAUAGUACCCGGAACAUGCCCAUAUCAUCUAAUCUUGGAAGAUGAAUGUGCUCAUGUUUACUACAGUAGAGGCUCCAGGGAAGACUAGUAAUAAUGUAAUACUGUACUGUAGUAAUACAGUGUAGUAUUCCUUCCCUUUAUUUAUCUGUUUAUCUUUCUGCAUAAAGUUCACACAGCAGAUUAUGGCAACAGUUGAUAUAGGUAGUCCUAUAUUUACAUCCGUUCAUUUAAAAGUGGUUUAGAGUUACAACAGCCUCA